AUGCUGAUGGUUCGUGCCGCUGCGAUAGCCUCCUCGGCCGCCCUCGCCGGCACCACUCCGCCUCCUGAAGCCGCGCGAGAGCGUCGUUGGAAUGCGUCCAGUCACCGUCGCGAGCGCUCCCGAGGCCCUUGCCACGAACCGGAUGCAACACGGGCGCCAGCCGUUGAUGGUGCUGAUGAUGACCUCCGGCCUCAUGGCCGCGUCCGCACCCAUCGACAGAGCCCCGACGAGACGGUCCGAAGGGCUCUCGUUGCACAACCAACGAUGCCGUCGCCCGCGAGCCCGCAGCACAUCUCCCGUGAGCUAUGCGCCGCAUCGUCUGGCGUCCCGGCCGAUGGGAUCCCGCGAGCCCUCUCGAGGUCCUUGCUCGAGGAUCCGUCCAUGUACACCAACCCCCACCUGACCCGCGACAGGGAGAGUACGACGCUAGAGGAGCUUGCUCAUCUCGUUCGUCUGUCCAAGUACCAGGAGCGCAAGCGCGUCGGCACGCGGAUUCGCUUGCACAGGACCUUGGUUGCCACGGCCCUAAGCGCCCGCCUCAGCCGCUGCGGCGAUGUUGCCCAUCGCAACUUGGUGGACAAUUUUCGCAGGGACGACAAGGACGGCUUCGCCCGCUUGUACGAUGCCAUUCACGACGUCCGCAGGAGUUGCGACGAGCUCCGUCGCUAUGCGAUGCUGGAGCCCGAGAUGGCGUCGUCGUCGUCGUCGUCGUCGUCGUCCCCAUCCGUUGCGUACUCGGACGGUUUGGAUCCCUCCCCCGGCUCCGCCCUCGGCGUCGAAUCCUCGAGAGACAUUUCCCCUUUUCUCCACGACCUCUCUGCCUCGGCGAGGGAUGUCUUUUUCGAUUUUCUGUGCCAGCUUCGAACAAACCCCGACUACUUGGCCACGCGAAUCGGUGCCCUCACGAGCUCCGAGCUAAACGCCUUUUUAACCUUCCACAAGGGCUUGGAGCCGGUCGAGUCGGUCCUCCCCUUUCACGGCCGCUCCGCCAACCGACCGCACUCCCAUCCUUCCGGCCGUGCUGGUGGCCACAAUGCCGACAUUGAAAGGCUUUUGUCCUUCCAGAGACACGACCCCUUGUCCAUCCUCGUCCACGCCUGCUUUGCCAACUCGGCCGGCCCGGACAGCUCCGAGGACCAGCGGCGGACCGACAUCUGGUCGACCGUCCUCGCGGGCCUCAUCCAACGGCCCAAGUCUGGCAGCGAGCAUUUCAUCAUUUCCGUCCUCAACAUCUGGACCACCAUGCGAGACUGGUCGGGAAAAUCGAACAUGGAAUGGUACCUCAUGAAGAUCCUCGACGACGGAGCCUUCCUGCUCGACCGGGCCGAGGACCAGCACGGCACCCGCUUCAACCUCUCCGACUGGAAUCGUUCCGACGACGUGGCCGCCGACGCCUUCUACGAAAAGGCCGUCGGCGACCUGUUUGGCAUGGUCGACGACGACGACGACUCCGGCAUCCCCGACGGCCUCCUGGAGCUCGGCAACGCCAUCGUCGAGAAACUGGACGGCCUGUACGUCGAAAACACGUCCAAGUGGUUCGUCUGGAGGUGCCUCUUCUUCGUCUUUCUGCUCGGCGUCAUCGUCAAUCCCGAGUCGUACAGCAUGCUGUCCGAUUAUCACAUCACCCCCUACGCGCGGGAGAAGAUUCUGAAAAAGGUGGCCAUGAAAGCCCACGAGUAUGUGUCGAGCAUGUGGAGCGGAAAGCCCUCGGCCACGUGCGUCCCCGUCGACGUUCCGCCCAAGAUCAAAGGCCACGUCGAACGCAUCCUCGCCAGGUUCAAGGGUUCCCGCGCCAAACCGCCCGCCGCCAAGCUGCUCCCGGCAAGGUCCGUCACGUCGUUGCGGGAGACGAUGGAGGUCCAUCCGUAUCUCCUCAUCAGUCCCGCGGACCUGGUGACGCUGGUCAACGCCCUUUUUCCGGAGCCGAGGCCCCUGUCCGCCGCUUCCAGCCUGCCGUCCGGCCCCGCAUCCAUCUCGGCCCUCUCUUCCAUUUCCCAGCCCGUCGCCGUGGCCAACGACCGCAGCGGCAUGGAGACUGCCUCCAUCAUCAGCACCAGUGUCUCCUCGACCCUCAGCGACGGCCCUGCUUCGCGUGAGACGUCAUCCGACGGCCCCGACGCGGCGACUCCGCAGCCGUACUCGCCGCCCCCCGCCGACGCGGAAUCGCAGCGACGGCUGAGCAGGUUCGAGGAUGACGGCUACCGCCUGAGGCUGGCGCUCCACGAGCUGGCUCGAAACCUAGGCCCCGACGUCCUCCGCGGUGCUUGCCAUCCCUGCGCCGAGCGAUGGGCCGUCCUCUUCAUUGCCGCCGACGGCCGAGGCCUGUCCACCCACAUGACGUACGACCCGGAUGACGAGCGUGAUGAGGAGAAUAAUUCCUCCAGCAGUGACACGGACGAUGAAGCGGUCGAUGAUGGCCCGGAGCUGGACAAGGACUACCAUCAGCUUCGAGACUCCAUCCUUCGCCUCGUCGAGGACUACGAGAUUCCACGCAAUCUGGAGCCCCAUGGCGAACGGGCCCAGCUAAGCAACCGAGCCUCGAGGCUCAAAAAGUACAAAACCAAGAACAAGAUGGUAACGCUUGAAAUGACGGUGUCCAGCCGCAAUCCGUACCGCCGUCAUUCGGUCAAGGGCCCUCCCAACUCGCCGCCGGGCAACACGGUCCAAGUCCCCGACCCGGUCCUCGUCGCCAUGCUCAAGGCCGCCUCGGCGCAGUCCAGGGCGCAGGCCGACUUCGUUUCCGCCCACGCGUACUGGAAAACGUGGAAGCACCUCGAUGCGUUGGAGUCGCAAUCGCUCCGCGAGAAUGGAUUUGCCGAGCUCGUCAACAUAUUUUCCCGCAGUCCCCGGGACUCCAUCCGUCGGUCCGCUUCCGCCAUCGAGGAAUACGACGCCUGGCUCGUCUGGCUCAAGCAAAGCCAGGAGCGCCACGAGGGAAGCCUUGACCGCAUGAUGAGACGGAUCAGGGCGAUGCGUGACAAGAUGUGGUUCGUCACGGACGUGCGCAACUCCAAAGAGUAUGUGCACAGCCGCGACGUCUGCCAGGCGCUGAAGACGAUGGCGUUGCCGCGGCGGCGGAGUUCGUUCCAGCGGUCGCGCCCAAACGCGGCGCGCGUCUCGGGCGCCUCCUACCUCCAUCGUGCCGAGUCGCAGGUGAUGGAUCUGCUUGCCGCCUCGGAGGAGCAAGGAGGCCCGAACAAACUCAGCGACGACCAAGCCGAAAAGACGUCCCUGUGGCUUCGGCGGUCGGGCAUAGCAAACUUUUGCCAAGGCGAGGAACGUAUCCACCGCUUUUGCUGCGAGGUGGACAUGUGCAUGUCCAAGCUGGUCGGGGAGACCAUCCGCGAAGCCCCCGUUCUCUGGUCGAGCGAGCUGUUCAAGCGGGAAAAGUUGGCGUACGACCGAAUGAGGGCCCGCGAGCGAGAGCAUGCAUCUUCGGCCACCGAUGAUGCUGCGAGCGUCCUGAGUGAUGGCGACCGCCGCUUCACGCCCUCCUCGAGCCGUGCGGGUUCGUUCACUCGAGACCGCAGAAGCGUCGGAGCCCUGCAAUCGAUCGAGGCGAGAUAUACUCAAUCUAGGGCCAGUGCGACUCUGGGUGACGCCCUCGACAACCAGGAACUCAGGGAAAAGGUGUCACCUGUCCACACCCUUGAUUCUGUCGGCACCUUUUGGUCGCCUUUUCAACCUACCAUGUCUCCGAGGCCUUCCGCUUCUAGGGCAUGUUCACCCUCGACCAGUUUGACGAACCUCUCCGUCACGACUUCCGGCCCUUUCCAUCACAUUCACCUACCCUGGAGCUCCAGCCCGUCCGCUGGCCGACCAGGGACAUCUGCCUCGUCCAACGAGACUGCCUUUCCCCUGCGCGCAGAGGACGACAGGACGCGAUUCCUCGCCGAGUUGAAGCAGACGUUGACGAGCCUACUUCUCUCUGACCUCGGAAGUCUCGUGCUCGCCCGCGGCUCGGAGACGGAUGUAUGGUUCCAAGGCAUCGGCCAACAAUGCAUCGAGCGGAAGGAGGCGAUGGGUGUACGAACGAGGCGAGGAACGGAAACCGAAGCGAAGAAUAAGAAUGGCGGGGGCACGACGAGACCACGUGUGGUUGAGAAGAAAAGGAGCUGCAACAAUUUGCGAGGCGCCGGGGAGGAUGGACCAGGGAAAUCCGACAAUGUUCCCGAUGCCGAUGCAAACACGACACUCCCCGGCGAUGCUGACGGCCAUGGUAAGAAAAUGGCAAUCGACAAGGGAGACGGGUUUCCGUUUAAGGGGGCAUUUCGGCGCCUGCUGAACAUGUUCAGCGUGCAUCCCAACCCGUACACCAAGCUGCGGGCGCUCAACGAGCUCGAGCGUCUCAUCAUCGCCUCCCUGCUUGCCAAUGGUUCCACGAAGCUUCGGGGAAAUAGAUCGGAUGCGGGCUCCAGCAUCGUCGAGGAUCAAGGCGGCGGCCGCCCGACGCAAUUGGAAGGAAUCAUCGACAGCGUCAAGGAACGAAGGUCGCAGGCGCUGCAAUCGGCUUCCGGGGCCACCGGGUUCGUUCACCAGUCUCGACGGCCGAGCUCGGAGACGCGCUCCAUCAUGUCUGGUAACGCAUCCAACACCGAUGCCGUCACGAGAGAGCUGCAGGCCCUGUUCCGGGAUGCAUCGAUGCGGCCCAAGUCUCUGUUUCGUGACUUGCAGUUGAUCUCGGCCUUUGUGCCGCCGGCCAUGCUCGACAGGCUAGAGAAGGGCAAAGCGUUCUGGAACACGGGAUUGGCGGCGCUCAAAGUGAAGGCCGAGGUUUGCCGAACGAUGGUUGAGAUGGCGGAUGGCAUCAUCGCGGCGCACACCCAGUCGCGCACGUCGGCUCCGAAGGCUGCUGCGCCGGCGUCUUCAGCGUCCUCAACGGGCACUCCUCCUCCGUCCUCGACAACAUACACGCUGACGGACGUAGGCAGGAUGUGGGCCAUAACGGCGAAGGAGGGUUAUCCCGCGGCGCAGCGCGAACUCGCGCUCUUCUACCUGUCCAAUCCCGAGUUCGUGGAGCAGACGACGUUGCCCCUUUCCAAGCCACGAGAGGUAUUCAAGCAAACGGUCAUGGAAAAGUACGGCAAGAGUGAGCGCGGCCGAGGGAGCAUGUCGGGGCCGGGGGGCAGCUCGGACGUCGUCGGCGGCGCCGCGCGUGUCUCGGGUGCCUUGGGCGGCUCCGGGUCCGGGGACGGAGCGAGCCUCGGGAGCAAGGAGGGUGAUGUGAGAAACGACGUGGGGCUCAUGUGCGUCGCGGUGCAUUGGAUGGAAGCGGCCGAGCAGGGCGGCGACGAGCUGGCGACGAGUUUCCUGAGGCAGAACGAGUUUAUGAGUCGGGCUUGA